GCAAACAUGAAAGCUACUUUUCAACAUGAAUCUCAACACAACUUUGUUGAUUUCAAGUUUAAGUUGAUUUAAUAUUGAUUUAAUAUCAUAUCAUAAUUUCAUCUAAAAUAUACAACGGAGAACAAUAUAUUUAAUGUAUAACAAAGAGGGGAAAAAUAUCGACUAGUGAAAUCGUAGCAUGCAGUGUUUAUAGAGUAUUAGUAGUUUCUUUUCCCUUCCCUCCAGCCCUACAGGUGGCGCUGUGACACUCUCCUCUCAGUGCAGCCCCGACUUUUACAAACGCAGAAAGAAACUCCGGCGGUUGAGAACGGAUCUCAAAACCAGUCCUUUUUUCCUAGAUAGUGCACUUUACUGCUUACAAAACAAUGGCGCCGUGUGCCCUACGGAGUGAACUAAUACACACACUAGUCAUGUGUUUGGAACGCAGACCGGUGCCUCAAUAUUCUGACAUCGGCUACAGCUUAAUCCUGUUAUAUGUUCACUAAUAUAAUAAAGAAAACUGAAUAUAAAGAGGGAAUAAAAUGCAGUCGGAUGACGCGCAGUAUCUAAAACGGAAGGUGAAGCCAGGGAAUAUCGAUGUUCACCCCACUGAGAAGGCUCUGGUGGUCCACUACGAGGUGGAGGCCUGCGUCCUGGGAGAAAAUGGAGACUCGGUACUCGAGGAGCGCAAAGAGUGUCAGAAGAUCAUACGACUGAAGAGUCUCAACACCAGCACAGACAUCUCCUCUCUCGCCAGGAAGGUGGUGGACGAAUGCAAACUCAUCCAUCCGUCCAAAGUGGCCGAGGUUGAACAUCUGCUCUUCUACCUGCAGAACCGCAAGAAGGCCAGCAGUAAAGCAGAGAAAGAGGAGAAGAAGUUGGUGAAACCCCGAGAGCUCACUUCGUUCGAGGGGAUGGAGCUCGACGAGGAGGCCAACAUCAAUAAGAUCGAGGAUUACGUCGAGCUGCUGUAUGAAAAAAUCCCAGAUAAGAUCAGAGGCUCCACCCUCAUCCUCCACCUCGCCCGAAAUCCUGAUAACCUGGAGGAGCUUCUGCAGAACGAAACUGCGCUCGGUGCUCUAGCGAGAGUGUUAAGAGAAGAUUGGAAGCAGAGCAUGGAAUUGGCCACCACCAUUGUUUACGUCUUCUUCUGUUUCUCCAGCUUUUCCCAGUUCCACGGUUUGAUCACGCACUAUAAGAUCGGAGCGUUAUGCAUGAACAUUGUCGAGCACGAGCUGAAGAGAUACGACUUGUGGCAGGAGGAGCUGGAGAAGAAGAGCAAAGCCUGUGAAGCAGAUGCUGAUAACCAGAACCUGAAGAAAGAACAUGAAAAGGCCUAUAAGAAAUACCAGAGUCUUCUAGUGAAGCAGGAGCAGCUGCUGAGAGUGGCUCUGUAUCUGCUCUUGAACCUGGCUGAGGACACGCGCACCGAGCUGAAGAUGAGGAACAAGAACAUCGUGCAGCUUCUGGUCAAGACUCUGGAUCGGGAUAACGAGGAGCUCCUGGUGCUUGUCGUCUCCUUCCUCAAGAAGCUCAGCAUCUUCCUGGAGAACAAGAACGACAUGGCGGAGAUGGACACCAUUGAGAAGCUGGGCCGCUUGGUGCCGUGCGAUCACGACGACCUGCUGAACGUCACACUGCGCCUCCUGCUCAACCUCUCCUUCGACACGGGACUACGAAACAAGAUGGUGAAGGUCGGCCUCCUGCCCAAACUCACCGCCAUGUUGAGCAGUGAGACUCAUAAGCAGAUAGUGAUGUGUAUUCUGUACCACAUCAGCAUGGACGACCAUUCCAAAUCCAUGUUUGCCUACACUGACUGCAUCCCUCAGCUGAUGAAGAUGCUGUUUGAAAACAGAGAGGAGAGAAUCGACUCAGAGCUCAUCUCCUUCUGCAUCAACCUGGCAGCUAACAAGAAAAACGCUCAGAUCAUCUGUGAAGGAAACGGUCUGAAGAUGCUGAUGAAGAGGGCGCUGAAGUUUAAAGACCCGCUGCUUAUGAAGAUGAUCAGGAACAUCUCACAGCACGACGGGCCGCUCAAACAGUUGUUCCUGGAUUAUGUGGGUGAUUUGGCGGCUCAGAUCAGCCCUGAAGAAGACGAGGAGUUUGUGAUCGAGUGUUUGGGCACGUUGGCGAACCUCACCAUCCCUGACCUGGACUGGGAGUUGCUGCUCCGCGAAUACAACCUCGUCCCCUACCUCAAAGAGCGCCUCAAACCUGGUAACACUCACCUCUUGUCCCUGUGUGUGUGUCUGUGUACGUGUGUGUGUGUGUGUGUGUGUGUUAGCUGUUGUAUGAGUGUUAUGGGCAUGUUUGAGCAGUUUACUGGUUCACCCAAGUCCCCAGGCCUGACCUUUGACCUUUGUCCUCUGUGUGUUUUAGGCUCAGCAGAGGACGACCUGAUCCUGGAGGUGGUUAUACUGAUCGGUACUGUGUCCAUGGACGAUUCCUGUGCUGCCAUGUUGGCCAAAUCUGGCAUCAUUCCUGCUCUUAUAGAACUUCUUAACGCCCAGCAGGAAGAUGAUGAGUUUGUGUGCCAGAUUGUGUAUGUUUUCUAUCAGAUGGUUUUCCACCAGGCCACCAGAGAUGUCAUUAUUAAAGACACCCAGGCUCCGGCGUACCUCAUCGACCUCAUGCACGACAAAAACGCAGAGAUCAGGAAAGUGUGCGACAACACGCUGGACAUCAUCGCGGAGUAUGAUGAACAGUGGGGUUGUAAGAUCCAGUGUGAGAAGUUCCGCUGGUUUAACUCUCAGUGGUUGGAGAUGGUGGAGAGCCGAGAGACGGAGACGGAGACGGAGCCAGAGCCAUUCCUCUACGGAGACACAGAGACGCUGGAACCACCGGACCUGUUCUACAGCGCGGAUGGGAUGCCUCCUGAUGCAGGUCUGAGUCCGGACCCGUACACUCAGUAUGGAGACUUCAGCGCAUGCAAUGGAUCGAACGGCCGCCCUGCCACCGCGUACGGGUUUCGCCCAGACGAGCUGUUCUACCACCAAGUCUCCAGCUAGAGGAACACAAUCGCUGCUCAUACCCGCAGUCCAUUUCAACGCCACGCCGAGUCCAGAAUAAGACGUCCAUCUUAUGGAUUUAAAACAUACAGAUUAAGAGGAAUCCAGAAUAAAAAUAUUCAGUUUAAAAGGAGUUCAGACUAAAACAUUCAGAUUAUGAUAUCCAGAUAAAGAAGAGUCCACAUUAAGAUAUCUUGGUAAAAAAAAUAGGAGUUCAGAUUAAAACAUCCAGAUUGAGAUAUUCAAAUGAAAAGAAAAAAAAAAAAGAGUUCAGAAUAAAACGUCCCGAUUAUGAGAAAUCCAGAUUCACAUAUUCAAAUUACAAAAGGAGUUCAGAAUAAAAUGUCCAGAUUAAGAUAUCUGGAUUAUGAGAAAUCCAGAUUAACAUAUUCAAAUGAAAAAAAGGAGUUCAUAAUAAAACGCCCAGAUUAAGAUAUCCGGCUUAUGAGAAAUCCAGAUUCACAUAUUCAAAUUACAAAAGGAGUUCAUAAUAAAACGUCCAGAUUAGGAUAUCCAGAUUAUGAGAAAUCCAGAUUAACAUAUUCAAAAUAACAGGAGAUUAAAACGUCCAGAUUAAGAGGGGUUCCGAUUAACCGAUAAAUCUUCCAGAUAA